GAGUAGAGACAAACAACAUAAUAGCAACUCUGAACUCUUGUGUUGAGGCCCAGGAAUGGAUAACAAUGAGGAAAUCCCAUCCAUGCCUGCAACGCCAGGCACUCCUGGUGCACCUCUUUUUGGCGGUUUGAACAAUGGGAAUAGCAAUAAUCAUAAACAUAAGAAAAAGUCACUCCUCAAGAGUUGUAAGUGCUUCAGCGUGGAAGAAUGGAGCAUAGAAGAUGGAGCAUUACCAGCAGUGUCAUGCUCAUUGCCACUGCCACCUCCUCCUGUCUCUCUUGCAAGAAAGGUUGGAGCUGAGUUCGUCGGAACCUUCAUUCUCAUGUUUGCUGGCACUGCCACUGCUAUUGUCAAUCAAAAGACACAAGGCUCUGAAACCCUCAUUGGGUGUGCUUCCUCCACUGGUCUCGCUGUCAUGAUCGUCAUCCUCGCCACCGGCCACAUUUCCGGCGCUCAUCUCAACCCUGCUGUCACCAUUUCCUUUGCUGCAUUAAAGCACUUCCCAUGGAAGCAUGUGCCUGUGUAUAUUGGUGCACAAGUUUUUGCUUCUACAUGUGCUGCAUUUGCUCUCAAAGGGGUUUUUCAUCCUUUCAUGGACGGUGGAGUCACCGUUCCUUCCGGAGGAUAUGGUCAAGCUUUUGCUUUAGAGUUCAUCAUCGGCUUCAAUCUCAUGUUCGUUGUAACUGCUGUCGCCACCGACACUAGAGCUGUGGGAGAACUCGCAGGAAUCGCGGUGGGAGCGACUGUAAUGCUCAAUAUUCUCAUAGCAGGGCCAGUAACAGGAGGGUCAAUGAACCCAGUAAGAACAUUAGGGCCAGCUAUUGCCGCAAACAACUACAAAGGCAUAUGGAUCUAUCUCAUAGCUCCCAUCCUUGGAGCUUUAGGUGGGGCAGGCACUUACACUGCUGUCAAACUGCCUCAAGAAGAUGAUAACGCCAAGGCAAGGGCUUCCAUCAGCUUCAGAAGGUGACUCCACUUGUCCCAAUGUCAUCCCUUAUCACCCCAAGACCACCUAAUAAAACAUCUUAGACUCUACAACAUGAUCCAAUCUUUCUGCUUUGAUGGUAUAAAUAUUGUAGAAACAAGCAAACAAAAGUGAGAACCGUUUGGUAUGUGCACAUACUAGAGAUACAAAAUGUGUGCUCAGGUGACCUUGUGUAUCUAUCAUAUCAUAUUCAGG